AUGGAUAAGAAGCAAUAUCUCGCUGAGCACUGGAAGGAAGAUGCUUUCUAUGGCUACCAGUUCCUGAAUGGUGUCCAUCCCUCCAUGAUCAGAAACUGCCCCCAUCUGCCCUCAAACUUCCCCGUCACUGAAGAGAUGGUGCAGCCGUUCCUAGAGACUGGUACUUCCCUAAAGCAAGAGAUCCAGCUUGAGGCCACAUGUGCGCUACUAGCUGUUGAGUGUGUGCCAUUACUCCAUCAGUGUCUUCUUUAUUGUAUCUUUCUGUGUUUGUUUGUAAUCCAGAAAGGGAACAUAUUCCUGUGUGACUACAAGUCACUGGAGGGUCUUCCGACCCGCGUGGUGGAGGGGAAGUCACUGCCUCUCACUGCUGCUCUCUGCCUGCUGUACCUGGACACCGCAGGCACACUCAAACCCAUAGCUAUUCAGCUGGGACAGGAACCAUCAGAGAAAUGCCCAAUCUUCGUACCCAGCGAUCCAGAGCUCGACUGGCUCCUGGUGAAGAUAUUUGUGAAAAAUGCAGAUUCAGUAAUUCAUCAGAUUAUCUCUCAUCUAAUGAAGACCCACUUGUUGGCCGAGGUGUUUGCUGUCGCUACCAUGCGUCACUUUCCAGACGUACACCCCCUCCAAAAGUUAUUGACUCCCCACUUCCGCUACACUCUGCAAAUUAACGCAGCAGCUCGACGUGCGCUACUUGGGCCAACUGGACUUUUAGCAAGAAGUACCCCUGGCCUGGAGGGUAUAAUUGAGCUGUUGAGGAGACACCUGGCUGAAACCACCUACUCAUCUCUAUGUCUGCCAGACAACAUUGCUGAAAGAGGACUGCAGAACAUCCCUAACUUUUACUACAGAGAUGAUGGACUGAAGUUAUGGACGGCCAUCAACAGUUUUGUCCGGGCUAUGCUGGGACUCUACUACCCUACAGACGACGAGGUGUCUGGGGAUGCAGAGCUCCAGAGAUGGAUCCAAGAUAUCUUCACAAAGGGCUUCCUGGGCAACAGCAGCUCAGGGAUGCCAGAGUCCUUCAUCACCGUGGAAGCGGUUGUCAAGUUUGUCACCAUGGUGAUCUUCACAACAUCUGCUCAACACGCAGCUGUAAACAGUGGACAGUUUGACUACUACAGCUGGUUCCCAAACUCCCCUCUGCAGCUUCGAAAAGCACCGCCAACUACCAAGGGACUGGUUACCAUGGAUACCAUUCUGGAGACACUGCCAAAUAUUGGUGACACAGUCGCCUUCAUAAUCAGUUCAUUGGUUCUAUGCAAGAAAUACAUGGACUCUGUUGUUCUUGGUUCCUACCCUGAGGAACGCUUUUGUGAGCCGGCGGCCAAGCAGAUUAUAGAGAACUUCCAGAAGGAGCUCUCCAGCAUCGAGGAAAGGAUCAUAACGAGGAACGCAAGUCUGGAUGUCCCGUACUGCUACCUGCAACCCUCGGAGAUUGAGAAUAGUGUGUCUAUAUGACUAGAACCACAAAGAUGUUCGCUACCGGAGGAGGAGUACCAUUCCUGUUUGAUAAUGCUCAUCAAUGUGGGGAUAUCAUUUGGGAACUUUGCGUCCUUUGUAUAUCCUGCCCUCAUAUUGAAAUCUGCCUCUCGCAUUUUACCUUCUCAAUCAAAAAAACGAAUCUGCGUAUUCUAACCAACAAUUAUUGAUUCAUUGAUAAUACAUUCAACGACUAAAUGUAUAAAUGAUGGAAUGAUAAAGAGGAAAUUGCCAACCGUAGGAGUCAAGAAAACAGUUAUGUAUGA